GUGCGAAGCAGUUGAGCAGAGCAGCGAAAAAAAGGAUCUCCGGAUGAAUCGAUUGCAAUUAAAAUCAUCGUAGUCCUUCGUUCCUACGAUUGAUAACGAUUCACCGGAUAAACCGGAGCUGGUCGGCCGUCAUCAUUUCCCGCCCGAUAGCAGCAGCUGCUGGAGUAGUGGUUGAACCUUGGACGGAGCCACCACCACCACGUUGCAGCCCAAGAUCACGACGAGCUCCUUCCGGGUGCCGACCGUUGAUUCCUCAAACGAAGCCACCACCUUCGGCGCCGCCUCCACAGCCAGGGAGCUCCACCACCGGACGACGGGGUGGGCGGCGCUGGGUGGAGGCCAUGCGUCGCCGGAAGCCGAUCGAGGGCUUCCUUCUGUGCGGUCUCUUCUUCUGGACGCUACUGGUGCAUCUGAUCUCGACAUGCCUGCCUAUACAGCUGGAGGAACGGAUGGAAAUCGUGCGGAAAGUGCUGAAGGAAGUGCCUUUGAUCGAUGGCCACAACGAUUUACCGUGGAACAUCCGAAAGUUCCUCAAGAACCAACUGCGGGAGUUUCGCUUCGGCGAGGACCUCCGCGAUAUUACUCCGUGGUCGACGAGUGCCUGGAGCCACACCGACUUGCGUCGGCUGAAGGAAGGCAUGGUGGCGGCACAGUUUUGGUCAGCAUAUGCGCCCUGCUCCUCGCAACAUCUCGAUGCGGUGCAAUUAACAUUAGAACAGAUAGACUUAAUACGCAGAUUAGUGAAUCUCUACCCGCAGCACAUGGCUCUGGUGACGACAGCCGACGGCAUCGAGGAGAGCCACCGUUCCGGCAAGCUGGCCAGCCUGAUCGGCAUCGAAGGUGGUCACUCGAUAGGCACAAGCCUGGGGGUGCUGCGGACCUUCUACCAGCUAGGAGCUCGCUAUCUCACUCUAACGCACACUUGCAACACACCGUGGGCCGAUUGUUGCAAAGUUGAUGAACCGGGUCAGGUUCCCCACAUAGGGGGCCUGUCGCACUUCGGCACCCUGGUGGUCACUGAGAUGAACCGGCUGGGGAUGAUCGUCGAUCUGUCGCACGUAUCCGUUCCGACCAUGCUGGACGCGUUGGCCACCUCCAAGGCGCCGGUCAUCUUUUCCCACUCAUCGGCCCAUGCCAUCUGCAAUAGCUCCCGGAACGUGCCGGAUCACGUGCUGAAGCGACUGUCUGCCAACGGUGGCCUGGUGAUGGUUGCAUUCUACCCACAUUUCGUUAGUUGUGGCGAGAAGGCAACCCUCAAGGAUGUUGUCGCGCACAUCAAUCACAUCCGGGACGUAGCCGGAGUGGACCACGUGGGCAUCGGUGCCGGAUACGAUGGCGUUAAUCUAGUGCCCCAAGGGCUGGAGGACGUCUCCCGGUAUCCGUAUCUGUUUGCCGAACUGCUGGAGUCGGAAAAGUGGACCGAGGAGGACAUCGCUAAACUGGCGGGGAAAAAUUUAAUUAGAGUUUUCAAACAAGUAGAGCAGGUGCGUGACCAACUGGAGGCCCAGGGCAUGCUGCCGAUCGAUCAAUCGAUCCCACCGGAGGACAUUCUCGGGAGGUCCUACUGCCGCUAUUCGGAGCCACGGACGUGACGCAAACGGAGCCUGUCUGUAAGCUACAGUACGAUAUUCCCGUGAACCAAUCUCACUGCGAGUCAUCGAUCCGUUUUCAUCGAUCGGAUCAGAAGCACAAUAAACAAAAAGGAAACAAACAGCAACAACACAAAUAAUUAACAAAAAUCAAACAAGCACCCACUUUGUACACACAACCUAGCAGUAGGUUAAGUAUUAUAAAUUCACCGAUCAAUUCCAAUCCCUGGCAGAAAACAGGGAAAAACAACUCACACCUGCUCAGAGCGUAGUCUUUAACCGAGUAAGAAAAAACAACAACAAAAGCCAACAAUCAAACAAAACAUACACACAAACACACUCACUAAAUAAAACGACGAUGAUUUUAAGACAAACCCAAAAGAGUUCGCAUAUCAUAAUGGAAAGACAAACAAGAGACGAGGGAAGCAAACGAGAAAUGCAACUGUCAUCACAUCCGACUAUUUCCAAGAAAACCAAAUUUUCGUAUAUUUUUCUAAUGUAAAAAAUAGUGCAAAAACCGAACAGAAGGCGAAAUCAUCAUCCAGUAAGUGAAUAAAUUCAUUAGCUAUUUAGGAACCGAAAGUAAGCGAAGAUUAUGCGAAUCCCGAAUGUUGACAGAUGGAAAUAAAUUCUAAAUGACAUAAAUUUUAGGCUAAUUGUGUAAAAAAAACAAGAAGGUGAACGAAACCAAUUAAAUUUAAUCAAACAAUAAAUGUGUAGAAAUUAUUGACAUGUUACAAAGAACAAAACAAACAAAAAAUACACGAGCAAGGAGAAUCAAUUUUGUUACCACAAGUGAGGAGUUUGAUUGACAAUGGAACGAUCUCAUUUUCAUACUGUUUUGGCAUCUUAGAACAUAAACUAAUUGAAUCAAUAAAACGACAGUGGAAAAAAGAAUCAACAACAUAAAAAAAAUAGCAAUCGGUCGCAAUCUCACAGUUUCCCCCCGGCAGGCUGACUGGCUGGUAGGUUUUAG